AUGCAGCACUUGAUCGCCCAGAACUGCAUCGAAGACGUGCUACUCGAGAUAUUGCACGAUCUUCCGCCUCAUGAUCUGGCAACGACAGCUCGGCUCUGUCGUACGUGGUUGUACGCUUCCAGGGUACUGCUUUACCGACACAUCCAUUUCAAUACGUCAGUCCCUUCCGCCGCCCAACUCGAGGCCUUAUUACGCUCCUCGCCUUAUUUGCGCACCUUAGUACACUCACUUGUGCUGUUCCACCAGUUUCCCGCCAAGGAUGUCCUUCUGGAGUGGAUAGCCUUGUUACCGGAGAAUGGUCUAGUUUCCGUGAAGUUUGAGCGGAUGCCGCUCGAGGCCAGUUCGAUGUCGCUGCUGCAAUUUCCCGCUAUUCGUACUUCGAAUGAGAUUAUCAUCGGCCAUCCUUACUUCCUGCUGGAAAAUCCGGAACGGCUGUCCGACAUCCUCUCCUACCCUUCCCUAAGACGACUCUCGCUUUUCAUUCCGAAAAGUCUUCCCAUCCGACCAUCUAUCGCUCUCAGACUGAGCCGUCUAAGCUUGGCUAUCUUGACGGAGCACUGCCCUAGAUUGCUUGAGGAGAUGCUGAGAGCCAUUACAUCCCCUCUGAUCCACUUGAACCUCCUACUGCCAUGCCUCGAGUCAGACACAGCCUCCUGGCUUGGCACCAUUCUCGCCCGACAUCUCCCCACACUGAGGUAUUUCACCGUCAAGGCACUGGACCAGGACGAGAUUGCUCCGCUUUUGGACGACAUGAUCACGUCACUGACUUCGGUGGAAGUCCUCGCAUGUGGGGUCGGCACGUACACGUCGAAGCUUUUCAACGGGCUGCCUGCGUGCCUCCGGUCGCUCACCCUCGAAGGUCGAAAUCACGAUCCCUUCCCUGUGCCAGAGCUUUCUGACGCUGUCGCGAGACUUCGUUCUCGCAGCACCGCGUUUGAGAGCAUGACCAUUGGCCGACAGCCCAGUUACGCUAGCCACCGCCAUUUCGAUACUCUAUCACGCACAUGCGCCUCUCUCGGCGUCUCCUUCACUAUUGCGAAGCCUCGUCUCGGAGAGCAUUUUCUUUGA